UCAAUUCGGAUCCAAUCCUCUCUCUCUCUCUCCCCCCACUUCUCCCGUUGAGCUCGCGCCGCGGCGACGCCGUCUUGCCCAUGGCGUCCGCCUCCGCCUCCGCCGGUGGCGGCGGCGGCGGCGGCGAGACGCCGCUGGUCGACCGCUGCAUCGACGCGGCGGCGGGCGGGGCCGCCACCGUGGAGGCGUGGCGCCGCCAGCGCCGCUCCCUGGAGCGCCUCCCCGCGCAGCUCGCCGACGCGCUCCUCCGCCGCCUCGCCGCCCGCCGCCUCCUCUUCCCUUCCCUCCUCGAGGUUUUCCAGCACUCGGUGGAGGAGAUCGAUCUGAGCGGUCACAUCGCCGUCGACGCGGAGUGGCUGGCUUACCUAGGAGCAUUCCGGUAUCUGAGGGUUCUGAAGCUUGCGGAUUGCAAGAACGUCAACAGUUCUGCGGUCUGGGCGCUCUCCGGUAUGCGUACGUUGAAAGAGUUGGAUUUGUCAAGGUGCUCCAAGAUCUCUGAUGCUGGCAUCAAACAUAUCGCUUCCAUUGAAAGCUUGGAGAAGCUACAUGUUUCGCAAACCGGGUUGACUGACAAUGGAGUUAUGGCCAUUUCGUCGCUGAUAAACUUACGUUUAUUAGAUUUGGGGGGAGUUCGUUUCACAGACAAAGCACUACGGUCUUUACAGGUAUUGACACAGCUCGAGCACCUUGAUAUAUGGGGCAGUGAAAUUACCAAUGAGGGAGCUUCUGUCCUUAUUGCAUUUACAUCUUUGAGCUUCUUGAAUAUUUCUUGGACACGUGUGACAUGCUUACCAAUUCUUCCGACCUUGAGGUGUCUAAAUAUGAGCAACUGCACAAUUCAUUCUAUUUGCAAUGGGGAAUUCCAAGUUCUUAUUCAUCUGGAAAAGUUGAUUAUCUCCGCAGCAUCAUUUGGCAACAUUGAUGAAGUUUUUUCAAGCAUCCUACCAAGUUCACUGACAUACUUGGAUAUGUCAAGUUGCUCUUCAAGCAACUUGUAUUUCUUGGGAAAUAUGAGGAAUCUAGAGCACUUGGACCUUAGCUACAGCAGAAUAAUUAGCGAUGCAAUUGAAUAUAUUGCAAAUAUUGGAAUGAACCUUAAGUUUUUGAGCCUGAGUAAUUCUGAAGUAACUUCUCAAGCACUGUGUGUUCUGGCAGGAACAGUUCCAAGUCUGACAACACUGUCUUUAGCUCAUACAAAAAUUGAUGAUUCUGCUUUAUUAUACAUAAGCAUGAUGCCUUCACUGAGAAUUUUAAACCUGAGUCGCACAUGUAUCAAAGGUUUCAUGAUGGAAAACUCUGUGAAAGUACUGUCUCUCUCUGCGCUUGAAGAACUCAAAUACCUGGAAAGCCUAAAUUUGAAUAAUACACAGCUGAUGGAUGAUGUUAUACCUCCCUUAGCAUCCCUUAGAGCACUGAAAUAUUUGUUCCUAAAAAGUGAUUUCUUGUCUGAUCCUGCCUUGCAUGCACUGUCUUCUGCCUCAAAUUUGAUACAUCUUGGGUUCUGUGGGAAUAUAUUGUCCACCACUGGGCUUAGAAAGUUUGUUCCCCCUGCCACGCUGCGUAUGUUGGAUUUAAGCGGCUGUUGGAUCUUAACAGGAGAUGCAAUUUCAGCAUUCUGUACGUGUCACCCUGUGAUUGAAGUGAGACAUGAGCUUAUACAGGAACUUCAGGCAAAUUAUGGUGGUACUUCGCAUCUUCACAAGUCCUCUAGACAACCUCAACAGGUAAAAGCAAAAGUGGCAAAAAGUUCGGCUGGCCCAAGUAGACUUGCUGAAAUCUGCUUUGUAGAUGAAAGAAUAAAGUACAGCAAGGAAGAAAUGAUGGAGCUUCAACACCAAGCUAAAUCAAAUUCUUCAAUGCAUGUUGCGCAACUUCCACCAGAACUGCGAAGAUCAGUCUGACGACCUGUUAGAAAAUAUGAAUGGAAGAAUGUUUUCGGUCAGGUCUUCCAUCCAUUCCUGAGGCAUUUCCAUCUGGUUGAUGGCUGAAAACAUGGAUCUAAACUAUUGAUGCUUUGGGAUCUGUGGUGCUGUUUGAUGUUUGAUCAUCUUCCACCUUUGUAUGAAGUUGGUUCUGGCCCGUUGGCCAAAUCAAAUGAAUUUGCUCUGGUGAAGCGAGGUCCUAGAACAUAUUUCUGGAUAUGUUCAUCCUGUUCCUUUUUGGGUUUGAAGACGGUAGCUGAUCGAACCAGCAGUUUUUCCAGCAAUUUUCUUGGUUACUUUCAUCUUGUAUUGUUUUACAUGUCCGCUUGUCUGUAUUUCCUAGGAUGUUAUAUGCAAUAUAAAUCAUAUCAAAACUCUUUAUCUACUAAAUUAUCUCUGGACGUUUUCUACGGUA